AUGUUUAUCAUGCGGAAUAUAUCGAUUAUGAAAACUUUUAUUCGUCGUCGUCAUAUUUAUAUUGAUCAUUAUGAUCUGUCUUCUACGGGAAUAUCUUUAAAUGAAUAUCAUCAACGACGUCAUUCAUUAAUUAAUCUUAUUCGAAAUUAUAUAAAAACUGAACAAAAACAAUCUUCAUAUAAUUUUACAAUAUGUCUUCCUUCAUCUACACGUUUAUUUAUGGGUCCUGAUGUUGCCUAUUUUCCAUUUAAACAACAAUCAGAUUUUUAUUAUUUAACUGGUUGUAUGCAACCUGAUGCUCUAUUAUUGCUCAAUGGUAAUGAUGAAACAUUUUCUACGAAUUUAUUUCUCUCAUCAUGCCCAAUGAAUUCUAUUAAUGAUUAUGAACGAUGGUAUGGCCCAACAAUAACUGAUAAAGAUAAAAUUUGUCAAAUCUUUGGAAUAGAUUCUGUCCAUUCAAUAGAUAAAUUAAAUUCAUUUAAAAUUCCAUCAUCAUCUAUAUUAUUUUAUAAUUCACAAAUAACAGAUGAUACAAGUACAAAUAAAAAGAAUUUAAUACCAUUUCUUAAAAAUUUUUCAUCUUCUAUUGUUUGUAAUCAAUUAAAUCAUUUUCUUCAUUCAUUACGUUCAAUAAAAUCCUUAACCGAACAAAAUCUUAUACGUCAUGCAUGUCAAUUAGUUUCAAAAGCAUUUAUCAAAACAAUAAAAAAUUGUAAAAAAAAUAUUCAAAAUGAAUAUUUAAUUCAUGCUCGAUUUCAAUAUGAAUGUACAAAACUUGAAAAUACUUCAAUGGCAUUCUAUCCAGUUGUUGCUGCUAAUGGAAGAUCAAAUAUACUUCAUUAUCAAAAUAAUAAUCAACCGAUUAAUUCAGAUGAUUUAAUUAUGUUAGAUGGUGGUUGUUUAUAUAAACAAUAUGCAAGUGAUGUAACACGAUUUUGGCCAAUAAAUGGUCGAUUUUCAUCAUCACAACAACAACUUUAUGAAAUCUUAUUAACUGUACAAAAAGAUUUAAUUAAAUAUUUAAAUUCUGGUGAUAAAUUUAUAACAAGAGGAAAAUUAAAUAUAUUAACAGAUCAAUAUAUGAUUAAAUAUUUACGUGAAGAAUUUAUUCUUUCACGAACAAUUGAUGAUGAUCAUGCUAAGCGAAUUAUUAAUUAUUUAUGUCCAACAAGUGUUAGUCAUCAUCUUGGCUUAGAUGUACAUGAUUGUGAAUCAAUAUCGUUUUCUGAGAAACUCGAAUCAGGAAAUGUAAUUACUAUAGAACCUGGUCUUUAUAUUCCCUUGGAUUGUACAGAUGUUCCAUCGAUAUAUCGUGGUUUUGCAACACGAUUAGAAGAUGAUGUUCUAUUAACAGAUCAAGGUUGUGAAGUUUUAACAUCUAUGUGUCCGAAAGAAAUUAAUGAUUUAUAUCGAUUACUCGAUGAAAGAGAUAAUUCCGAUAUAGAUUAA